AGGAUGGCGAGCAGCAGCGGCUCCAAGGCCGAAUUUAUCGUCAGAGGGAAAUAUAAACUUGUGCGGAAGAUCGGGUCCGGCUCCUUUGGGGACAUCUAUCUGGCCAUUAACAUCACCAACAGAGAGGAAGUGGCGGUGAAGCUAGAGUCCCAGAAGGCCAGGCAUCCCCAGCUGCUGUACGAGAGCAAGCUCUAUAAGAUCCUCCAAGGUGGGGUUGGCGUUCCCCACAUACGGUGGUAUGGUCAAGAAAAAGACUAUAAUGUUCUAGUCAUGGAUCUUCUUGGACCGAGUCUUGAAGACCUCUUCAAUUUCUGUUCCCGCAGGUUCACAAUGAAAACAGUACUUAUGUUAGCUGACCAGAUGAUCAGUAGAAUUGAAUUUGUGCAUACAAAGAAUUUUAUACACAGAGACAUAAAACCAGAUAAUUUCCUAAUGGGUAUUGGGCAUCACUGUAAUAAAUUAUUCCUUAUUGACUUUGGUUUGGCCAAAAAGUACAGAGACAACAGAACAAGACAACAUAUACCAUACAGAGAAGAUAAAAAUCUCACUGGCACUGCCCGUUAUGCCAGCAUCAAUGCACACCUUGGCAUCGAGCAGAGUCGUCGUGAUGAUAUGGAGUCUCUAGGAUAUGUGUUGAUGUAUUUUAAUAGGACCAGCCUGCCCUGGCAAGGAUUAAAGGCUGCAACGAAGAAACAAAAGUAUGAAAAGAUUAGUGAAAAGAAGAUGUCCACUCCUGUUGAAGUUUUAUGUAAGGGGUUUCCAGCAGAAUUUGCCAUGUAUCUAAACUAUUGUCGUGGACUCCGCUUUGAAGAAGCACCAGAUUAUAUGUAUCUGAGGCAACUAUUUCGUAUUCUUUUCAGGACUCUGAAUCACCAGUAUGACUACACAUUUGAUUGGACAAUGUUAAAGCAGAAAGUGGCCCAGCAGGCAGCCGCUUCCAGUGGGCAGGGUCAGCAGGCCCAAACCCCCACAGGUUUCUAAACAUGAAGAGGAACAGAUGAAGCAGAGCAGAUGAUCAGAGCAGGACUUGUUACUCCCCAGAUCUAGAAGUUUUAGUUCAUAUGUACACAUGCCAGUGGUUGUGGGCAACCAUUUACUUGGUGUAAAAGAACUUAAUUUCAGU